GUGGCCAGUCACACUUGUCGCCGUCGCGUCGCCUCACUUUUGAGUUACGCCAUGGAUAGAUGACAGCCAGUCAUGGCUGCCCUCUAAACCUAGAUCGACACGGCUUUGUGGAUGAUGGCAUGUUGUCCUCCCCGGCCUACAGUUAAAAGUGCAGUCCUCGGCAUGUGCCAUCCCCAUCAAACGUGGGGGUGACUUUGCGGGGAUCAAUUGCGGGGGAUGGCCGCUACCCCAUGUUUUAGUGUGGAUUCGUUAGUCUCGAGCUUGAAGCUUAAAAGGCAUGCGGGUUGGCCGACCGGAAAGCGUGGGGGUGCCGGGUUGACGGCGGGUUAUUAUGUCGAAGAGCUGCCCUUGUUUCAUCCUACUCCGAACACUUCUAACCAACAAUCACAACAUCUUCCUGACAUGGAGCCUGACAAACCAGCCGCGAUCCACGAUGAGGGCACGGACGUGGCCAAGCCAACUACUAUUGAUGGUCUUCCGCAUACGCCAGUCCUAGUGACAGAGGAAGAUAGCAAGCGGAUCGCCCGCAAAACAGAUCGAACCAUUCUGGUGAUAUUGAUCUGGGUGUAUUUCCUACAGAUUCUCGACAAGUCAGUAUUGGGCUUUGGCGCAACCUAUGGCCUAGAGGAGGACACCCACCUCACCGGCAACCAAUACUCCCUGAUCGGUUCAAUCGCCCCAAUCGCACAGCUUGCAUGGCAGCCCUUCUCCUCCUGGCUUAUUGUGACCAUCCCGCCUCGCAUCCUGAUGCCCACAUUAGUGCUUGGAUGGGGCAUCGCGCAGACCUGCAUGGCAGCAUGCAGCAACUUCGGCGGGCUAAUGGCCACCCGCUUCUUUCUGGGCCUGUUCGAAGCCGGCUGCCUACCACUCUUCAGUCUCCUUACAAGCCAGUGGUAUCGUCGUGCUGAGCAACCCAUCCGAGUAGCCGCCUGGUACGGCACGAACGGCGUAGCGACCAUCAUAGCAGCGGUGCUAUCAUUCGGCCUAGGACACAUUAAAUCCGGGGUAAUGAAAGAGUGGCAAAUCAUCUUCCUCGUCGUCGGUCUCAUCACCAUCAUCUCCAGCCCAUUCGUCUACUGGAGGCUCGACAACGACAUCCCGUCAGCACGCUUUCUCACCGAAGAAGAAAAGCUCCAAGCGAUGGAACGUCUGCGAGCGAACCAAACGGGCGCUGGAUCACGCGAAUUCAAAAUCAGCCACGUCUACGAAGCAUUCCUUGAGCCCAAAACCUACCUCUGGGCCAGCAUGGCCCUCCUCCUCAACAUCGGCGCCUCUGUGUCAAACGUCUUCGGCCCCUUGAUCCUUCAAGGCCUCGGCUACGACACAUACACCACCACAUUGCUGAACAUGCCUUUCGGUGCCGUACAAGUCAUCGUCAUCCUGCUGGCCAGCUACCUGGCGCAGAAGGCCCGUCUGAAGGGCAUCAUCCUCGCGGCGCUAAUGCUCCCCGUCGUCGCGGGUCUGGCUAUCCUGUAUGCUGUUCCACGGAACAGCUCCACCAACGGCGCCCUCAUGGCCGGAUACUAUCUCAUUGCCUUCUUGUUCGGCGGGAACCCGCUAAUCGUCAGCUGGAUUGUCGCUAACACAGCCGGCACGACGAAGAAAUCAGCCAACAUGUCAUUAUACAAUGCUGCCGUGUCGGCAGGGAAUAUCAUCGGCCCUCUUUUAUUCAACGAGAAAGACGCGCCGGCAUACAGACCCGGAUUGCGGGCAUGCGUAGGGAUCUUCGUGGCGUUGAUCGCAGUGUUCCUGCUACAGUGGGCGGAUCUGUGGGUAUUGAACAAGAUGCAAGAGAAGCGGCGCGUAAGGAACGGCAAGCCCGCAAAGGUAGUGGAUGUAUCGAUGCAGAGCGACCGGAUGAUGGCGAUUGAGCAGACAUUGGAGGCAAACGGCGAGGAAGGACAUGUCGGGGCCAACGGGCUGUUGGAUCUGACGGACGGGAAGAAUGAGGAUUUCGUUUACGUCUACUAAAUUGAUCUUCCAUCGUGACCCUCUGAAUUCAAUUCUAAAUUACAUACAUACAUACAUUACCAUCCCAUCCCAUCUCAUACAAGAUUAAUAUUCUUAACAUCCCCGACACUCCUUAACCCACAAC